GCGUGUGCAGCGCGCACUGUACAGCGGGGCCCCGCGUGGACAUCGGCGCUGCGCACAGUGCGCCUCUCCCAGGUGCUAUCGGCUCGCCCGCGCUCCUCUCUCCCGGCCGGCUCCGCGGGAUUAUCGCGGGCACUCUUAUUGAGCCCGGCAUACAUCUACGGCGGUCUCGUUCUGUCGAGAAAGUCUUACGGCGGCGGCGAGUGCGGGGUCGAAGGUGGACUUGGUGAGAAUCCUGUAUAUUGGAAUUCAUUGAUCGCGGCCGGACUCGAACGGAGCAUCGAGACGCGUUCAACUCUCUACGGCGCAUUGCUCGAUCGCGUGCUCCACCCUCAUCACCCACCACCACCCCAACUCCAUCAUCGGCCUCCGACCUGCUGCACCGUCGAGUUUCUCCACAGCGCCCGCCGAGAUCUCUACCUCGUCACCGACUCGGCCGCGUGGCCCCCGUCGAGCCGAGUUCCCGACACCACCGUCGGCUCGGGUUUGUGUCGUAGUGUGUGUUUAGCGCGACGACUUGAGGAGCUGCUGUGCUCACCGCCAUGGGAGUUAAAAACAGACCAAGAUGCUUCUUCGACAUUGCCAUCAACAACAUUCCAGCUAGCAGGAUCGUCAUGGAGCUGUUUUCCGACGUUUGCCCAAAAACUUGCGAAAACUUCCGCUGCCUUUGCACAGGAGAAAGAGGUGUGGGCAAAACAACACUGAAACCUCUGCAUUACAAGGGAACUCCGUUUCAUCGCAUAGUCAAGGAAUUCAUGAUCCAGGGCGGUGACUUCAGUGAAGGAAAUGGCAAGGGUGGGGAGUCGAUCUACGGAGGAUUUUUCAACGACGAGAGCUUUGCGGUGAAGCAUGAUGAAGACUUCCUCCUGUCGAUGGCGAACCGCGGGAAAGACACCAACGGAUCGCAGUUCUUCAUCACCACGCGGCCUACGCAGCAUCUGGAUGGGGUGCAUGUGGUGUUCGGCAAGGUGGUGGCCGGGCAGGCGACCGUGCGGGAAAUCGAGAGCCAGAAGACCGACCCCAACAGUCGCCCGUAUGCCGACGUCCGCAUCGUGAACUGUGGCGAGCUCGUCCUCAAGUCUAAGAGUAAGACAAAGAGCUCGUCCAGCAGCUCCAGCGAGACCUCCUCCUCUUCCUCUUCGGACUCGAGCAGCGACAGCGACGAGGAGGCCACAAAGAGGAAGAAAAAGAGGAAGACCAAGAAACACAAAUCUGCCAAGGGCAAAAAGGAGGGAAAACGCGAGAAGACGAGCGAGGCGGAAGUGGGGGCCAAGGAGGCGGUGGCGGGGGAGGCGAGCGCCCCGGAGCGCCACGAAGUUGAGAACGACGCAGCGGUGCCCUCGGUGCGGCCCGACGAGAUCCCCACGGGGCCCUCCAACAGCUUCCUCAUGCGGCGGAGCCCCCAGCGGACGGACGAGCAGAGCAGCACCAUGACAAACUCUGGCGCUGAGUACCCACGUCAGUGGAACCGGCCCAAGUACACGCGGUCAGGUCGCAAGAUCAAAGGGCGCGGACCCAUGCGCUACCGCACGCCGUCGCGCUCCCGCUCCCGCGAGCGCGGCUCCCGCGGGGGCAUGCGCAGCGACACGCCGCCGCACUGGCGCGCCGAGCUGCAGCGCCGGCGCCACAGCUGGCAGCUCCAGGGCAACCGGGAGCCGGGGAAGACGGAGCGGUGGAGCGCCGGCAGCGCCCUCGAGACCAGAGGCAAGGAGAGGCACAAGGAGAACCGCAACGACGACGAGGAGGACGGGGAGCGCAGGAAGAGGAGGAGGCACGGCGGCGACGACGACGGCCGGGAGGAGGAGGGCGCCAAGCGCGGGGACCGGAAGAAGCCGGCGGGCGACGAGGAGCCGGAGAGGAGGAGGAGGAGGAGCGGCAAGAGGGACGGCCGCCACCGCUCGGAGGACAAGGGAGCCAGCCGAGGGGGCGGCAGGGACGAGGAGAAGGAGGAGCGUAGAAGAGGAGGAGAAAGGAGGGGGAACAGGAGGGGAGAGAGCCGGGAGGACCGUCGCGAGGGCCGUCUCAGCGCUGUCUGCACAGCGCUGAGACGGGGCGGGGAGGAGGAAGGGAGCAGCAGCCUCCGUGGCCCGGCGGGGGGGGGCGGUGGGCGACUGUCGCACCCGCCGGCCCGCUGUCUCUUCUCCGGAGCGUAUGCGGUACUUUGA